ACAUGAUUAUGAACAUGGAGGAACAGAAUGUAAACAACUUCAUGGAGAGAAGUGGAAACUGAAAGUAGAGAGUAUUUUCUCAUUGUGCCAUAUUUGGUAUAAAUAUAGACGGUGACAUCAGAGCAUUACCACAUAAAACAUAUCCAUUGGAUAUUGUGAAUAAAUAAAAAACUAUUUUAAAAGCAAAUCAAAUUUUUGCUGAAACAUGAGAAGAGACACAAGCAGAACCAACUGUGGUGCUAUUAAGACAAUUAAGACGUAGAUAAGUAACUACAAUGAAUGCCAUAAUAUCUCUGUGUCAUUUCUGUGAAAUACAUGGCCCUCAGGUGUUAUUUUGUACCCAGCCGAGCCAUCCUCAGGGUAUUGAGGGUGGGGUCAGCGGGGUGGGCGUCGUCGUCGAGGAGCAGUACAACACCAUGCAGCUCCUACUGUCUCGAACACAGGAGCAAGAUGGAGCGCAGGACCUCAAGUCUCUUGUCUCAGAACCCAGCACACCCACUCCUUCAUCAGGAAACCACUGUGAGGGCUGUUACUCAGUGAAGCCUGGCUUUGUGAGUCAUGAUGACGACGUGAAGGUUAGCUAUGUAAGCAGUCGACAACCUCACAACCGAGAAGUUUUCAGCAUGAUCCGACAAGCCUGUUUACGCAGCCUUACUGGAGAGGUGUGCCCUGGGACUGAAGGACCCAUAUUUUUUGGAAACGACCAGCAAGGUCAUGUGAUAUCCUACUCCUUCCAUAUAAAGGACUUCCAGGCCCGAGGCUUUCAGAGGCGAUAUAGCAUUAUUAUUGUAAUGAUGGACAAAAUUUAUUUGUUGAACUCCUGGCCAUUUUUAGUGAAAAAUCUCAAAAUAGUAGUCGAACAUUUACAAGAGAAGGCACAGAAAGUUCAUGAUGUUGAACAAACUAAAAGUCCUAGAGAACCAAACAAACUUGCCUCAUUCAGGAUAAACCCCAAGCCAGCUCGCUCACUAAUGGAACUGACGGAAGAUAGAAAUAUAUUUAAGAUUCUCCAUGUUUCCUUUGUGUGGAUACUUAAGGCAUGUGGUAAUCGGAUCACGGAGUCCCUCCUAGAGGGACCCCCAACAGAGGACUCAAUCAUAGACAUGGAGAAACAAGAAGAGACAGAAGAAGGCUUCAUCAAACUGUUUAAGAAGGAUGAUACAGAGGAGGAUAUAGAAGAGGAGAAAGAAACAGAAAAGGAGGGAGAAGAGGAAGAGGACGAAGAAGAAUCAACAUCAGCUGUACAGAACAUCAGAUAUUUACUGAGGAGUCUUGGGGAGAAGAAGUUCCAUAUCCUUGCCCAUCAUGCUGUUAUUGGUAACCAAAUCAUCGUCAGAGGUGCUUUAAAACCUGCUGUCAAAGCCGUUCUAAGUGCACUGAAGUGUAUCGUACCUAAGGGAUGCUGUCGGGUCGUGUCAUACAGUCAGGAAUACGAAGCAUCAUGGAAAUGUAAUUUCCUUGGCCUGGCUCCAGACGUUCACAUUCCAAACCACAUCAUGGCCACAGAAAUGUUUGUACUGGUAGAGGUUAUCUCCCCUGAGGUUGAUACCACCGUUCCCACCACUAUUUCUCCCCCGGGUCUUGACCAGCUCAGAGAGUGUGAUUUUAGCCUGGCUAGUCCAACAACACUACCGGAUAAAGGACCUGCUGUUUUAACAAAAAUGGAGAUGGCUUUGAAAAAUGAAAAUCUCACACAGGAAGUUCUAGAACAAUAUCUUAUCUGUCUCAAAGAGGAAUGGAUGAAUAAAGUGAAAGUUUUAUUCAAGUUCACAAAAGCAGGUGGCAGUAGGUCUGAAGAGGACACCAAGAAACUAUUACAAGUGGUCGGUGCUCAGGAGGAGGAUAAACAGCUACUCAAGUUCUGGAUGACGGGGCUCAGCUGUCACUAUAAAACUCACAUACUGUCAACUACCAAAUCUCACCACUGAAAACAGAAAUAAUGGGGGUAGGGGUACAUGAGGGGGUUUGGCAGGGGAGUUUGCAUGUAUAAACAGCAAUCAUAUUUUAACAGCAAGUAUAUGAUUUGUCCACAGAUACAGAAUUAUAGAAUGUACUGUAAAUUUCCCCCUCCUAUAUGUACUGUUACUGUAUAUAAAAUACGUACAUGUGUUACAUACAGAAUGUUUCCCACCUGGGUGUACUUAGUGACCUUUGCUAUUGUGACGCCACAAUCAGAUGGGACUACACAUACAUGUAUAACAUAUUAUGAGGUCACAAUUUAAAGCCCAUCAAAAUGUUGUUUGACCGACUACGGCAAUCAGUUGUCGGUAACAGACACCACCUCAUGAACUAUAAUUUCACAAGCUUGCCAGUUAGUUGUUGCAAAAUAACAGUAAAUUCAAGGUACCCUACAUUUUUCUCCUCUUCCUAGAUACGGUCAUAGUUAACAUGUUCGUUAUCCAGAAAUAUUGCUAUAUAUAUAAGUGUUGCAUUUAUAUUGUCAGUGUAGUGUUUACAUAACUUUCUGGUAAGGGGUGCAAGAAAAAGAGUAAAUCAUUUUGUAGAAAUAUGGCAUAAAGAUAUUCAAAACCCUCGGGCUCCCGCAUCCCAUAUCCUUACAUGUGCUAGACUGUAUUGGUUAUUUAGCAGUUUUAAUUUAGGGCUUUUUCCUUAAUUAACAUCUGUGCAAUACAGGAUUUUUUUCCCCAUCAUUUCCUUUAUAUGGCUCACCUAGCCCAAAGGGGGUAGAGGGGCGGGGCCAAAUAGGGGGAAAAUAGGUAAAUCUAUAAAAAUCUUCUUCUUCUCAACCAAUUUUGACCAAAU